CAAAAGAGAUUUGAUUUGAAUAUAAAAAGCAACUUCAGCAUUGGAGAGAGUCCACCUGUGGCAGGGUGUGCUUUAAACUGUGCGUGGUCACACGCUAGGACAGCUGGCACGUUGGGGACUUGAAUGAAGGCCGUCUAAGUUCAGGCUCUUUCCUUACGCCCCUCUCUGUGCAGUUAUGUUUAUAAAGCUCUUAAUUAUCUAGAGAUAUUUUGGGCUCCAGUGUGAGGUGAAGAACUCAAUUACAGUUGACCCUGGACAGCACAGGGCGUGGGGGUUGCCAAACCCCUGCACAGUCAAAAAUCCCCGUAAAAUUUUACAGUUGGCCCUCCAUGUUCGAGGUUCUGCAUCUAAGAAUUCAGCCAACUGCAUCUUGUGUAGUGUAGUAUGUAUUUAGUGAGAAAAAUCCAUGUGUGAGUGGACCCACGUAGUUCAGACCAUGCUAUUCAAGGGUGAGCUGUAGGUAUCUAAUUGUACAAAUUUGUUGACUACAGUUGACUGUUGAACAACUUGGGGGUUGAUCUGCAUAUAACUUAUAGUCAGUCCUCUGCAUCUGAGGUUCCUAGGCAUCUGUGGAUUCAACCAACCACAGAUCGUGCAGUAUUGUGCUAUUUACUGUUGAAAAUAUCUGCAUAUAAGUGGACCCCUGCAGAUGAAACCUGCGUUGUUCAGUGAUCAAUGGUACUUGUUCUAGUCCAUUCAGGAUGUAAUAACAGAAUAGACUGGGUAGCUUAUAAACCACAGAAAUUUAUUUCUCACAGCUCUGGUGGUUGGAAAGUCCAAGACGAAGGCACUGGCAGAUUUGAUGUCUGUGCAGGUCCGAAUCUGAAGGAGUGGCUGAGGGAGCAGUUUUGUGACCGUCCGCUGGAGCGCUGCGAGGACACGAGGCUCCAUGACGCAGCCUACGUGGGGGACCUCCCGACCCUCCGGAGCCUGCUGCAGGAGGAGAGCUACCGGAGCCGCAUCAACGAGAAGUCUGUGUGGUGCUGUGGCUGGCUGCCCUGCACACCACUGCGCAUCGCGGCCACUGCAGGCCACGGGGACUGCGUGGACUUCCUGAUCCGGAAGGGGGCUGAGGUGGACCUGGUGGACGUGAAGGGACAGACGGCCCUGUACGUGGCCGUGGUGAACGGGCACCUGGAGAGCGCCCAGAUCCUUCUGGAAGCCGGCGCCGACCCCAAUGGAAGCCGGCACCACCGCAGCACCCCUGUCUACCACGCCUCCCGGGUGGGCAGGGCAGACAUCCUGAAGGCCCUCAUCAGGUACGGGGCCGACGUCGAUGUCAACCACCACCUGACUCCUGACGUCCAGCCCCCUUUCUCCCGGCGGCUCACCUCCUUGGUGGUCUGCCCCCUGUACAUCAGCGCAGCCUACCACAACCUGCAGUGCUUCAGGCUGCUCCUGCAGGCUGGGGCCAACCCGGACUUCAACUGCAACGGUCCUGUCAAUACGCAGGGCUUCUACAGGGGCUCCCCCGGGUGCGUCAUGGAUGCUGUCCUGCGUCACGGCUGUGAGGCGGCCUUCGUUAGCCUGCUUGUGGAGUUCGGAGCCAACCUGAACCUGGUGAAGUGGGAAUCCUUGGGCCCGGAGUCGAGAGGCAGAAGGAAGGUGGACCCCGAGGCUCUGCAGGUCUUUAAAGAGGCCCGAAGUGUCCCCAGGACCUUGCUGAGUCUGUGCCGCGUGGCCGUGAGAAGAGCGCUUGGCAAAUACCGACUCCAUCUGAUUCCCUCGCUGCCUCUGCCAGACCCCAUAAAAAAGUUUCUACUUUAUGAGCAGAAUUCACGAGCAGUGGUUGACUGCAGUGAGGAGGAAGCAAUCUGCAGAGCAAGUCGACACCGAUUCUUGCCCCUGUGACCACGUCCUGCGCUGCUGACGAAAUCCCACCUGGCUGUCGGUGAAGCGGAAUCAGCCUUGCUCUCAUGGAUUGUAUUCCAUCUCAGGUGCUUGGGGCAUCGGACAGUCCUUAGGUCGGUAUCAGCCGAAAGGCUCGUACAAAACUUAAUUUUGUUCUUCCUCGAUAUCUGUGUUUUGGAAAUUAAUGAAAUGGGCCUUGAAAUGCGAGCAAGCUCGGGCCGAGGUUGGAGGCCUGCUAACAUCCCCGGGAGGGAGAGCCAGCACUUCCCAGAGCUGGGCUUCUGCGAUUACCCCUCAGCGUGGCAGCUCGGUGAACGCGAGAUGAAAAGGAGUCUUGGUAUAAAAGUGCAGAGACGCAGUUCCCGAACUCACUAGUUGGUUUUCCCUGCUCCUGGGGCAGACGUGUGACAUUUAUCAUGCGCACCCCCUUCCCUUGCCGCUUCACUGUUCUCUCCUUGUGGCGGAGGCGUCCUAUUAAUUGUCUUCAUUCAAGGAUGGUUUCCUGGCCACAUGGAUUGGCUUUACUGCCUCAAAGUCAAUACCUGCAUUUGUUCACAGCCUCUUUAGGUAUCGCUCAGAGUUCUGCAGCACUGCACCUGUUCUGAUACCUACCUGUGCCUAGCAUCAUGCCAACAGGUCUCAUGAGUUCUCUGCCAUUUCACUUUGGGGCGCUUCCAGACAGUUGAUUGAUUUUAGGAGGCCAACGCUGAAAUAGCCAGUAAUUGACUGCCUGCAUUCGGACCAAGGACCGUCCAACAGCAUUCACUGCCAGUUCUCAAAGAGGACGCCUGCGGCGCUGUCUUCUAGUCCCUGCGCGUACCGGAAAGGGGAAACCUUCGUCAUCUUCUGGAUGGUUUUAAGCUUUUAGUUGCUUUGUGUUCAGUGGGCAGAACGUCUGGUGUUUGGUUGAUUGAGCUUCACUUUUUUGGACCUCAUGUCUUGGUAGUUGCUCCUAGAACCGAAGAAAGGGGAUAGCAGUGAGGUCAGAGGUCUUCCCCUGGCCUGCUGGGGGUGGUGAGAAGUGAGAGGAAUGAGCUGGCUUGUCACCUGACGGCCGGCUCGGCUGUGGGCAGGGCUCACUCUCACACCUGGGCUGCGCGGCCAGGUGUGUGGCCGUGUCGGCACAGGUGGGCCAGCGGCUGCCUCUUUAGAGCCUCCCGGUGCUGCUGUUUCCAGGGAAAUCACAUCUGGUAGUUUGAGGCCUCAGGGCCAUUGUGUGGAUCCAUGGUGAUCCGACCUUUAGAAGUGUUUAGAAACGGGCAGGUUUCAAAUCUGUGUUUGGAUUUUCUGCAGUAAGAGAACUCUAAUCUAAUCUAACAAUUGAACUAAUGAUAGGGGUUGAUUUAAUUAUUAGCCUCAUUCUCUGUCUUCACCGACCAGACAGGCAGUGUCUGGUCAUUGUCUUCCGUGGCUCGAGGAUGGAAUUCUGAACCCCACCUCCUGUGUCAUGGAUGGGCGUGUGUUGGACAGCCAGGCUGGCCCGUAUAUGCACGUAUGAGGUCUGAGGGGAGAACGGCCGUCGAUGAUCUGGGGGGAGGGCCGACGUAGCCGCUGGAGGCUUCACCCCGUUACCAGCGGUGGCCAAGGCGUAAGGUUGGAUGGCUUCUGAGGCCCGAGGCCGGGCCGUGUGCUGCUGCUCUCAGGACAGGGAGGCUGCCUGGCCGCCCGCGUUCAGAGCUCGGAGUCGGGAGGGGCUUCCUGAGAGGGGAGCAGCUGCGGGUGGGCGGCUGAUGCGGCCCUUUGCAGCCGGAGCCAGGCGCUGCAGGGUUUCAGCCGGGCCGGCCAUCAGCUGCGUCCCUGUGGCACUUGCGGUGGGACCGCGCUGCGGCUGGGCCAGGAGCUGUGGGGAGCCGGGGCUCUGCCUGCAUUUAGGGAAGGGUUGUAUGGAAGCUCGAGCCACCCAGGGGUGGACUGGGCCGCUGGAGGGGGCUUCGUGUCACCGGGGGUGUGUCAGCACUGGCCUGUCGCCUCCUUGGUCGGGCUGAGAGAGGAGUAUCAGGAGUGGUUAGCUGCCCUUACUUUGAAGCUCUUGCAGCUGCCCUUUGGCUCGGGUUCCCUGUGGGUGAGCCAUGCUGCAGGCUCGCGGGACACUCUGAGUUUGCCCUGC